GUAUAACUCCGUGUAACAUCAGACCCUUGCAUUGUUCAUCAGGCUUCUCUUGGUAGCCCUGCAUUUCAACAACAAUGGCAGCAGAGAGAUUGCCCGGACCAGUGAUGGUGAGGCCUGUAAUGCCGUUUCCUACCCAAGGUUCCGCAAAGGUGACUGUGUUGUCUGUCCAGUCAAUGAGAAGCCAUCAUACGGUUAGCAGUUUGUCAGUCCCUAAAUAUUAUUAAGUGAGCUGGUUCAUGAGUCAACCAUGUCACUGAAUUUGUCUCCUUUUCCGAGCACAUGCAUCAGCCCUCAUGGAGUCUCUGAGAGUGGGAUACUCCAGGUCGCCACAGGCUCUACGAGAGAAGAGUGCUCAGCCACACCUGCCCCCCUUUGCAGAUCCUACCAGCAGAUCAGCAAGGAUGAAGCCGUUGGCCAACAUGACGUCCAGCAGCUGUUGGUGGUUAAAGAAGAGGUUCCCCCUGAGCAGCAGGAGUGGAGCUCCAGUGUGGACCAGGAGGACCCAGAGCCUCCACACAUUAAAGAGGAACAGGAGGACCCAGAGCCUCCACACAUUAAAGAGGACCAGGAGGACCCAGAACCCCCACACAUUAAAGAGGAACAGGAGGACCCAGAGCCCCCACACAAUAAAGAGGAACAGGAGGACCCAGAGCCUCCACACAUUAAAGAGGAACAGGAGUUCACAUCCACUCCUGUCCCUGUGAAGAGUGAAGAUGAUGAAGAGAAACCUCAGUCCUCACAGCUUCAUCAAAGACACACUGAACAGAUGGAAACUGGAGCUGAUGGAGAGGACUGUGGAGGACCAGAACUAGCCAGGAACUCAGAUCCAGAUACACAUUUACAACCUGAGACUGAUGACAGUGAUGAUUGGACAGAGACCAGAGAACCUCAGUCAGGUUUAAACUUUCUCAAUGAUAAUAAAGUCCCUGUCAGUGACUUGACAUGUAGUAAUGACGAGAGACCGUUUAGCUGCUCUGUAUGUGGGAAAAGAUUUGGCCGCAUGACAGGUGUUAAGAGACACAUGAGGACACAUACAGGAGAAAAACCAUUUAGCUGCUCUGAGUGUAAGAAAGGAUUUUCUCAAUCAAGUCAUCUGAAGAGACACAUGAGCACUCAUAUGGAGGAAAAACCAUUUAGCUGCUCUGAGUGUGGGAAAGGAUUUGGUCGAAAAGCACUGCUGACAUCACAUAUGAGCAAUCAUACAGGAGAAAGGCCAUUUAGCUGCUCUCAGUGUGGGAACAGAUUUUGUGAAAGUGGAGUUCUGACGAAACACAUGAGAACUCAUACAGGAGAAAAACCAUUUCGCUGCUCUGAGUGUGGGAAAAGAUUUUGUGAAAGUGGAGUUCUGAUGAAACACAUGAGAACUCAUACAGGAGAAAAACCAUUUAGCUGCUCUGAGUGUGGGAAAAGAUUUUGUCAAUCAAGUACUCUGAAGACACACAUGAGAACUCACACAAGAGAAAAACCAUUUUGCUGCUCUGUGUGUGGGAAAGGAUUUGGUCGAAAAGCACUGCUGACAACACAUAUGAGCAGUCAUACAGGAGAAAGACUGUUUAGCUGCUGGGCUUGUGGGAAGAGAUUUUGUCAAAGUGGAGAUCUGAAGAUACACAUGAGAUAUCAUCCAGGUGUUACGACCGGCCUAGGGGAACCGGUACAUAGCAUGAAAGGAUGCUCCCCUCUUUCCCCACUCCCAAGGACGACCAAUGCCACACAGCUGCAGUCCAACAAAAGAUAAUUUAUUUAACACUCAACAAGAAAGGUAGCAAUAAGCUUCAGAACAACAAACAAAACAAUCUACUUUCCAAAACUGACUUACCUACCCAAAAGUAAAGAAAAUGAAAAUACAGGUCACUCACCUGACUCCCUAUAAAUAAACAGGAGAAAAAGGAUGAACAAAAAGGGCUACCCACCCCUACGGCUACCUGGAUUGCUGGACUAAUAUCACAAUUAACUCAUUUUUAACACAAUACAACAAAGCAUGGUGCAGUUGGGAGUAGGGCCAAGAGAAGAGGAAGAACAGCUCAAGCAGCGGCCAUUUUAUACCAGCUCCACCAAUCUCCAACCACCAAUCAGCAGCCAGCACCUGGAGAGAGAGAAACACACUAAGGGUGGCAGCACCACCCUCAGGCAGGGAGGAACAACAGAACAGCAGAAUAACAAAUAAAUGGCCCAGGGUCAUAACACAGGAGAAAAACCAUUCAGCUGCUCUGAGUGUGGGAACAGAUUUUGUCAAAGUGGAGAUCUGAAGAAAGACAUGAGAUCUCAUACAGGAGAAAAACCAUUCAGCUGCUCUGAGUGUGGGAAGAGAUUCCUGCUCAUAGGCACCUUAGUUGGUCACAUGAGAAACCACACAGGAGAGAAACCUCUCAGCUGCCAUGUUUGUGACCAGAGAUUCACUUGGCCUCGCCAACUCAGAAACCAUCAGUGUGUUGGUUGUCAGUCCUCACAGCCUGAUCUGAGUCAAACUGAGGAGAACAGAGAGGCAGAGCCUCCAGCCAGCAGCUCAGCUGAACAGAUGGAAACAGAGGCUGAAGGAGAGGACUGUGGAGGACCAGAACCAGCCAGGAACUCAGAUCCAGAUACACAUUUACAACCUGUGACUAAUGACAAGACUGGAGAGUCCUCUGAACCUGAGACUGAUGAUAGUGACGAUGAUUGGAAAGAGACCAGAUAAUCUCAGUCAUGUUUUUGCUGUGAACUUGUAGCUUCCUGUCAGUUGUUAGCAGUUAGCAUAAGGUUAAACUGUGCCUUUUAAAUGCCAGGGUUUAUUCACUGUAAGCUGGUAACAAACUUACGCCUCUCCAGUUCAUGUAUUUAUAGUAUUUGCCAGUCGCAUUGGAGCUCCAUGGUCAUAAAAUGCGACUGCGAAUCACAGUUUGGAUCUGGACAGCUGCGCCGCUAAACAUGGAUGAUUUAUUCAUAAUGAUAGCAGAGUACGAGGAGGAACUUUGUUGAUCAAAAGAGGAGAACGAGCGUCAACGGAAACUACUGGACGCUGUUUUCAACCCU